AUGGCGAGAAAUGAGGCGUCCGAUCCUCACUUUUAUGAUGUUGCCAAUGAGCAUUUCGGCAAUCUCUUCGUGACAAUGAUGACUCUUGUUCAGUUCGUCACCUUGGACUCGAUGGCCAAUGUCUACAAGCCUCUUGUCAAGGUGGAUCCGGGCUUGGCCGUCUACUUUGGGGGCCUGGUGCUCGUCAUCUCUAUCGUGCUGAUGAAUCUCAUCACUGCGGUGAUUGUCAACAGCGCGCUGGAGCAGGCCUCGAGCAAUAAAGAGAUACAGAGGAUCCAGGAGAACAAGCGUCGGAAAAAGACUAUCGAUGAGCUCCGCGGGAUGUUCUCGCGCCUAGAUGAAGAUGGCAGCGGGACCAUCACUCUGGCGGAGAUCAUGGAGGCCACAGAAGAGGACCAGAUGCUCUUAAAGAAAUUCUUGACGCUGGAGAGUCCGCUGGAGAUAUUUCGCAUGCUGGAUAUAGACAACUCAGGGCAGCUCAACAUAGACGAGUUCUGCGAGGGUGUCAUCCAGGCCGUCACCUCAGAUCGAUCGGUGGAGUUCAAGCGCAUCGACAAGAACUUCAAGCAACUCAGAAAAGAAGUCAGGGCCUUGCAGCUCUCCGUGGACAAGUUGACGGGAUUGCUUGUCCACACCAUGGGCGUCGGGUCAACGCUGUCAACAUCCAGCUUGCAGCUGUCAGUCGUGUCCCAGGAUGUCAGGGAUGCGAAGAACAAGCGCAAAGGAAUAUUUUUUGAAGAGGACGUGAAGCCAAGGGAGCCAGUCAUGGAGCCAGAGCCUCGCGGAGCUCUGGACACCCAGAUGGCGCAGACGGCUCCGACCUGGGCCACGGAUCUAUUUAAAUCUCUCAGAGAAGAGUUGGCGCAAGAGUUUUGGCAGGUGCGCAGUGACCUCGCGCGCGGCAUUGCUGUCACGGCACAGCAGGCUGCACAAGUCGCUGCAGGUCGACCUGCCGACGCAUCCGAUCUACAUCAGGAGGUGGUAGCCGCCAUGAAGUUGGCAUGGGUCUCCGACAGAUUCCUGCACGAGCGGCCACCUGAGAGGCCAACUGUCCCGGGUGCUGCUCGAGAAUUCCAAGGACAUCUGUCGAACAAGCUCAAGGAAUACCCUGCCGCAAGAGGCGAAAGGACUGGUGCUGCUGUGGUGCCCUGCGCAGCGCCUGCCAUGCCACCAGCGCCGCCGCAGACGGACACCGACUCACCCCGGUUCGAUCUCGGGCCGUGGAAGGAUUGA